AUGGGUGAUCAGUCAGAGGAUGACAAUGUGACAAUCUCAAAGAUGGCUGCCAUUGACCCAGAGUACAUCCCGUUCAAUGGACGAGGUGAAAAGGACAAGGAUCAAUUCGACGACCAUGAUGUUUUACUCGAUAUUCAGCAUAUUUCUGAGCCAGCAGAGAAAGUGAAGAGCAGCAAUGACAUGUCUGAUGUGAAUCACUUCUUCAGUGAUCCAUGGCAGAAUGAGCACGGCAACCCAUCCAAAAAGGCUAUAAAACAGCAUGUUUACAGUUGCCAAAUUUGCAAGAAGAGAAAUAUCAAUGACUUCACUAUUGUAGCAGAUGUGUCAACCCUUCGAUGGCAUCUGCAAGCAAUGCAUAAACACAAAUACUAUAAGUGGUGCGAGAAGAACACUUUCGACUCCAAGCUCACAAAGUGA